CAGGGAGAGCCACAUUGUGUAGCUUGAGUGCUUCUGCAAAUAUUUCAUUAUAAAAUCCUGAUUUUUACCUUAAUCUAAUGCUAAUUUGUGUCUUGAAAACGGAAUUUUGAUGAUCUCUUGCUGUUUGUUCUCCACAGAUUCUUCUGCCUAAUCCCUCUGAUCCUGGGCUGCAGCCAGAGGAGAUCUGGACCAUCCUAUGGAAAAGAGAGUUGGAAGUGCACAGGGAGCAGAGGCCUGAGGGCUGGGGCUUUCCCUGCGCAGUGAUGCCCGGGCUGGGCGCGUUGCGGCGCGCGCUGGCCGCGGCCCUUCUCCCGCUCCUCAUCCUCUCGGGACCUUGGGCUGCAGCUGAGAACAUCAACUUCUACAACAUCAGGCCUCCACUAGACCCCACUCCAUUCCCAAACAGUUUCAAGUGCUUUACCUGUGACAACGCCGUGGACAACUACAACUGCAACAGAUGGGCUGAGGACAGGUGGUGUCCUGAAAGCACUCGGUACUGCCUGACCGCUCACCUGUUCACGGCACGCGGGGAGAGCACCUCGGUCACCAAGAGAUGUGCCACGGGCGAGGAGUGUCACCUGGUGGGCUGCCACCGCCGCGGGGACAGCGGCCACACGGAGUGUGUUUCCUGCUGCGAAGGCAUGAUCUGCAACGUGGAGAUCCCCACCAACGCCACCAACGCGGUGUUCGCCGUGCUGCAGGCGCGCAGGACGGCCGCGGGCAGCCGCGCCCUGCCCAGCCCGGCGACACUGCUGGCACUGGUGACACUGCUGACACUGGCACUGUCCUGACACAGCACCCCCAGACGGAGCUGCUGGGACAGCCCCCGGGCCAGGAGCCUGCAGGGUCUCCAAGGAGAAGUCGCUGAUGUUCCCCGAUCCCGGCAGAUUGACGGGAAGGCGCAUCCCACUCUCCCUGGGUGUUUAGUGGGAGUCCUGCCCCGUCAGUACCCCACAGAAACACCCCAGUGGGGAGGACUCAAGUUUAAUUCCCCAUUUUCUGAGGAAAAUGCACAUUUUUUUGGAUUUUGGGACAGAACUGUGACAAUCGCAAUCAAAAGGAGCUUUGGGUGGAUGAUGUGGAAAGGUGGGAACUGGAUUUAAACCUUUAAUGUGCAUAAACAACUCAGAGUUUCUUAUCAGGGUGUGUUUGAGCUUGUCUUGAUUUCAUAGAGAACACCUCUGGUUUUCAUAGAGAACAAACAUGAGGUUGGGUUUUUUUCCUGCUUGAUCAGAGCUCUUAUUUCUCCUGGCAAUUAUACAAAAUUAAUUCUUUUCUUUCUAUAAAAUGCCUCACCCUCCUCCUGUUUUGAAGCUGUGGGAAAUGUAGAAUUCCUAAAAAUCCUGUUGGAGCACCCAGAGCAGAAUUCCUGAUCUUGCAAAGCAAAGGGAUUAUUUCCUUACAAUUGAGUGUCCCCUCAGAAUAUUACAAAAAUGUGAUUUUUGUGAUAUCGGGAUAUCACCACUUUGAAAUCACAGCUAUGGUUAAGGAGCUUCAUUGUCCUAAAAAUUCCAAGUGAGCUCUUGGAAUAAAUAAGCAGGGAAUUCUGCUGUGUUCUCUCUUGAUUUGCACAGGUUUUUUCCAGGAUUUUUAUUCUCCUGAUGGAUGUUUUCAGGAAGGAUGGAUCACUUAAACUUCCUCAAAAAAGAGAUUUGGAGCUGUUCCCUGAAGAAUUCAAGUAGCUACAAAUUUGGCUUCCUUGACACCAACAUUGCCUUAAUUAUUUACUGUUUUCUGUCACUAAUUAUAUUUAGUUGUAAAAAAUACUUUGAUGUAUUUCCAAGCUUGUUGACAUUCCCAAAUUUCCUCCACAAUGUUCUUAGAAUGCAGGAAGGUGUCUGAAUUCAGUCUGUGGCUCCUGGACGGGCGAUUGUGCAGCGACAAAAUGUGGAUGGAAAAGAUUUUUCAUUGCUGAAGGAAAACGGUUCUUGAUGUCUGAGUCAAGGUUUUCCAGGAUCUGGAUUCUCAUGGAUAUCUCAUUCCUCAAGAUCUGGAUUCUCUCUUUCCAUAUCUGGUUUCUGUCCAUCCAAGAGGGCUGGAAUUCUGCUCUGGAGCCAGGCUGGGAGAGCUGGGAAUGUUCACCUGGAGAAGGGAAGGAUCCAGGCAGAGCUCGGAGCCCCUGGCAGGGCCUGAAGGGGCUCCAGGAGAGGACAAGGGCUGGAGGGACAGGACCCAGGGAAUGGCUUCCACUGGGAAAAGGGAGAUUGGAGUGGGAUAUUGGGAAGGAAUUCCUGGCUGGGAAGGUGUGGAGGGGCUGGGCUGGAAUUGCCAGAGCAGCUGUGGCUGCCCUGGAUCCCUGGAAGGGUUCAAGGUGAGGAUGGAUGGGGCUUGGAGCAGCCUUGUUCAGGCUGCCCCAGUGCAGGGGCUGGGCAGAGUCCCAGAAUAAAGCAGGGAUUGAUUCCAGGAUCUCCUCCAUGGAUCCACCUGGGGCAGCACCAGAGCCCAGCCAGGGCUGCCCCCAGGAUGACCCAAAAUGGCCCCAAAAUGCACGAGCGCUCCCGGGGUCUCUCCCUGGGAUCAGCUCUGCUCCAUUUGCACCUUGCAGUUCAUUGUCCCAGCCCAGCUUUAGCCCAGGCACUCCCACCCUGCUUGUUUUUCUCUCUCCAGCCCACGGGGUUUGUGCUCCUGGGCUGAGAUUUGGCUCAUUUGUCCUUGGUGCCCAGCUGGAGCAGGAAUUGUUUUGUCUCCCUGCUCUGGGCACAGAGCUCAGCAGCGCUGAGUGUGAAGCUCAGAGCUGCACACUGAAGCAGCACAGAGCCUGGAACACAGAAAAGCUGAACCUGAGGCAGUAGUGGGACAGUGGGAGGUGUCCCUGGGUGAUCUGGGUGGGCUUUAAGGUCCUUCCCAACCCAAACCAUUCCAGGAUUCCCUGAUGGUUCCAUCAUUACCUUCAUCCUUUUGCUCCAUGAAGGAUCUUUCCAAGUGAAAGAAUUACUUUCUGGUGGACAAACCAUUCCAGGUUUCUCUCUGCUCCACAGGGAAUUCCUUAGUCAAAUGGAAGUUGGCUCCCACAUUUUGGGUCAUAGGAUUUUCCCUGCACAAAUUGCUCCUAAGUUCAAUUUCUGGGAAUAAUUCUUGCAAUCCCAACGAGGCCUCCAAGAGCUCUGUGGUCUGGUAGGAGUUUCUGCCAAUAAUUUGCAAUAAUCUCAAUUUGCAAUAAUUUUUAUAGUGGAAAUGCCAUUCCAGAACUUUUGGGAAUGGCAGGGAGACCCUAAAGAACUGCUGCAGCAAUGAAAAAUGACAUUUCAGGAGGGAAAAUCUGUGGGAUUUUUUUUUCCUUGGAGGAAUGAUUUAUUUUUCCCCCUCACUGGAAAGUGAAGAAAUUCUGAAAUGAGGAUUUUAAACCUCAUAAAUUGCUUCUGCUUUUGGGAAAGAAUUGUUUGGGAUAAACCCCAAAAAUCAGCUGAAGAUUCAAGGGUGCCACCUGGGCACAGGAAGGGAUUUGAUCUUGGAUUUUAGGUUUUAAAAUUAGAAUUUUAAAAUGCCAAGAGUGGAGGAUGUUAAUGAUGAGUUGUAAUGGUUUGGAUGCACCAAUCCCUUUGUUUUUGCAAAUCUUGGGAUUAUUUUUAAUGGGGAAUUGAAUAUGCAAAUGCUCUUAAUGCCAUGCACAAAGAGGCACCUGGUAGGAAUAUGGAAUUUAAGAGGGAAUUCCGGUUUUUCCCUUUGCUUCAUCUCUUUUUAUGGAAAACCCUGCUUGGAUUUGAUGUUAAAUGCUGAUUUUGUAGGAAAAACGUGCUGAGAAAAGAGUCUUAAAAUUCACCAUAUUUUUAGCAGGAUUAAUGACUGUGCAGAAAUCCGACCUUAAGUUAUGGCAGAGUUUUUAUAUUAAAUAUUUUCAGGUAUCAGAAUUUUCAGAUCUCUGUCUGAAGAACUUAAAAAAGUAUUAUUUGAUUUGAUAAAACAAAUUUUCAGUGAUGUCCUUGUCUCAGUUUGGGUUCAGAUGUUGUAAUUUAAAUUACAGAUGUUGUAAUUUAAAUAUGUUCCAAUUUUCUUUUGAUAAAACCAAUUUUCAGUGAUGUCUUUGUCUCAGUUCAGGUUCACAGAUGUUGUAAUUAAAUAUAUUCAAUUUUUUUUUUGAUAAAAUCAAUUUUCAGUGAUGUCUUUGUCUCAGUUCAGGUUCACAGAUGUUGUAAUUUAAAUAUGUUCCAAUUUUCUUUUGAUAAAACCAAUUUUCAGUCACGUCUUUAUCUCAGUUUGGGUUCACAGAUGUAGUAAUUUAAGUAUAUUCAAUUUUUCAUUGCCUAAAUCCACCCCAAAACUUUGGGAAUGCUGUUUCUGUAAAUCCUUAAAUCUUUGAACCUGAAAAUAAUUCAGAAGUAAUGGCAAAUCCAUCCGUUUGUGCAGUUAAAUGUCUUUUUUAUUAUAUAUAGAUGUGUGUAAUAUGAUUUUUAUUUACUUUGCACUGGCCAGCCUAUAGAAGGUUUAUUUUUAAAACUUAAAUCCAGAUAAAUUCUUCAUUAUUCAGUGUUUGGAUGUUUUCUUAUUGCUGUGUAACUGCUUUAAAUCUUCUCCAGAGAUGGCACUUUUAAUAAAAAAUAUUCAAAUA